AUGAAGACGACGUUCAAUGUAUCAUGGACCCGUUUCGUUCCUAUGAUCGGGUACCAUCAUGUUCUCAUGAUGAUUUCGAUGAGCGCAAUCAUUCUGCUAUCAAUUCUACUUGCCGGGUGCACGACCUCUGAUUCUCUCAGCAAUGUCUACUUAUUAUCGUUGCGAUAUACAAAUAAUUCCGAGGCAGCAACAAAACCGGCGCAAGUGAGCACCGUGAUUCAAUCAGCUGUUUACAAUGUUUCGCAGACAAAUUCUGGUUCGACAUUUGAGGUGCGUGCGGGGUACAUGGGGCUCUGCAUAUCGCAGGGUGACGUGGGGCGCGUCUGUUCCAGCAACGCCAAAAUCCUGGCGAAUAUUGUCAAGGCCGAGAAGACAAGCAGUGCCACUGGCAACCUGACGACUGAGACUUCGCCCGAUCCGCUUAAUUUAAUAAUGAUUGCUGAGGAGUUUAGGACGAAGAUAGUGUUUGAUGGCCUAUUGUACAUUGCUAUCAUUCUUGCUUUUGCAUGUUUCAUACUGCUGUCGACAUUCCCCGGAUGGCACUCGGAGACAUCCGCGGAGGGAUCGGAUGUAGAAGUGAAGCCGUUCCCUUCUCGAGUUGUCUCCCAAGUCGCUUUGUGUCUAACAAGCUUUUCAUUUGCGUUCGUUUCUAUCUCAGUACUCUGGCAACAUAUAAAUAGCAGCUCGACGGCAUCAAUGGCAGAGACCCUCACCUAUGGUGCCGUUUCGGGACAUGUUGGAACGGCUGCGAUGGUACUGGGAUGGUUUGCAGUCGGGCUUAUUGGCGUCACCACCAUUGGGCUGCUCAUCAUGAUCAUGAGUAUCUCUCUGAUUAUAAGAAUGACCGAUGGAAGCGAUGUGUCCUACGCUGAGUAUAUCCAUUCUGAUGAUGAGGAUUGA